CGGGGGAGGGGUGCGCGCUCGGCCCCGCCCCCUCCGCAGCCAGGGACCCGCCGGCCCAGGCUCUGCGGGCCAGGCGUGGGCGUCGGGGCUGCUGGGCGGGGUCGGCGUCCUUCCCGUGCGAUUUACCCCAGACCUGCUUCAGACCGCGCCCCCCCGCCCUGCCCGAGGCCGCGCCAUGGCCCAGCAGAGAGCCCUGCCGCAGAGCAAGGAGACGCUGCUGCAGUCCUACAACAAGCGGCUCAAGGACGACGUCAAGUCCAUCAUGGACAACUUCACCGAGGUCAUCAAGACCGCCAAGAUCGAGGAUGAGACGCAGGUGUCGAGGGCCACUCAGGGCGAGCAGGACAAUUACGAGAUGCACGUGCGAGCCGCCAACAUCGUCCGAGCUGGCGAGUCCCUAAUGAAGCUGGUGUCCGACCUCAAGCAAUUCCUCAUCCUCAACGACUUCCCGUCGGUGAAUGAGGCCAUCGACCAGCGCAACCAGCAGCUGCGAGCUCUGCAGGAGGAGUGUGACCGGAAGCUCAUCACCCUGCGGGAUGAGGUCUCCAUUGACCUCUACGAGCUGGAGGAGGAGUAUUACUCGUCCAGCUCAAGUCUUUGCGAAGCUAACGAUCUGCCUCUGUGCGAAGCUUACUGGAGGCUGGACCUCGACACAGACUCCGCUGACGGCCUCUCAGCCCCUCUGCUGGCGUCCCCGGAGCCCAGUGCUGGCCCCCUGCAGGCCGCAGCCCCUGCCCACUCCCACGCCGGGGGCCCUGGCCCCACGGAACAUGCCUGAGCCUCCCAGGGUUCCCCUCCCUGGGCCUCUAGGAUCUUAGGAACGAAAUCCAGGGCUCCCCUCCAGGCUCCCCACCGCCUCGACUGCCUUCAGCCCUGGUUCCCACUUGGGGAGCUGCUGUGGCCUCUUUGGGGAACUCGUCAGUCCAGGGACAGUCUACCUGGAAGUGCUGGGGGAAAGUAAUGCCUCCAGCCAUUCCGGGGUGGCCUGUCCCUCCUCGAGUCGUCAUCUCUCAUUUGCGACCUUCCUGGUUGGCUGGGAUGGGAGGGCGUUUCCAGGGUAGUUUGUCCUGUGAGGACCUAACAGCAGGGCAGGGAGGAUGCCCAGUGUUUGGAGACCUGACCUGAGAGUGCUCAGAGUGGACAGCACCAGGCAAGGCCGGGCCUCCAUGCAGCGCUGUAGGGAGGAGGGGGCUGCCCACUCCCGCAGACGUCCAGUGGGGUCCAUCCUCGUUAUGCCGCUGCACACGUGUGGGUUAUUUUUGUAAUGAGACGUGAAUAAAACCGGCUCUGCCCCUUUGCAUUGGUUGG